AUGCAUAUUACGCUCACUUUCAUAAAUUUACACUGGUUACCAGUAAGAUAUAGAAUUAAUUUUAAAAUUUUAUUACUUACUUUCAAAGCCCUCUAUGGCGUGGCACCUAGUUACAUCAUUGAUUUUAUUCAUACUAAGAUUAAUUCGCGCUAUUUGCUGCUCUCCAAUGAAGGUGUUUUAUUAAAGCAUCCGUCAUGGAAAAUGAAAAAGUCACUUGGUGACAGAUCCUUCAGUGUGGCUGCGCCCACUUUAUGGAACGCUCUUCCUGUUAGCCUCCGCAGCAUCAAAUGUAUUUCUACUUUUAAGUCUAAUCUUAAAACUUAUUUUUUUAAACUAUCUUUUAAUAUCUGUUAG